AGUGUUAUAAUUUCCCUCGUGAAUCUGACACAACACCUUUAGUCCGGCCAUACUGUAAUGUCAGUAGGGAGUUCGUGUUCCAAGGCAUCGCUAUAACAGACCAGCUGGCCGCUUCCCUUCCUCAGCUGAAGAACGUCCACCAUGAAGUUCUCAGUGUUGUUUAUAGUGUAUGAGAUCCUUCUCCUAGCGGCAGCAGAAGCGAAAAGACUCUCCGUGGCCGGAAGUCAAGAUGCAAACAAAGGUCAGUUUCCGUGGUUGGUGACCCUGGAGCUGAACAACACUCAGAGGAGCUGGCACAAGUGUGACGGUGUUCUGUUGACCAAACAGUGGGUGCUCACUGCCGCCCACUGCGUCGACAAUGAGAAACCAGAGUAUCUGCAGGUGGUUAGCGGCGAGCAUCGCAGAGACCUGAACGAGGGCACUGAGCAAAAACAUAAAGUCAACAACAUCCUUAAAUAUCCUCAAUUUAUUCACACUCACUGGGUAGGUUACAUGACGCCCUAUAUCCACGACGUGGCCCUGGUGCAUCUUUCCCAGGAAGUCAAGCUCGACAAGUACACCCAGCGGAUAAUUCUUGAUCCCGGCACCUUCCCCAUCGUUGGUACGAGGUGUCUUGAGGCCGGCUGGGGGACGACCAAGGAUGGAGGGAAUAUGUCCGAUGUCCUGCGAUUCACUGAAGUACCGGUCCGACCUCUUGAGGAAUGUGAGAGAGUUUACAAUAUGUACAUCCACGAAAACUCCAUCUGUGCCGGCAGCGUGCACUCCGGCAUCGGCUUCUGCACGGGUGACAAUGGUGGGGGUCUGUUUUGCUACGACCCGAACAAGCAAGAGUACGUGCUGAGCGCCGUGCUUUCGUGGCGCGAGGGGUGUGCUGGACUCAACAAACCUGCAGUGUACAUGGACGUGCUUCCCUACUUGCCGUGGUUCGUCAACAUUAUCGGCGAUGACAUCUUUUGGCCUGAAAAAGAAGGGAUCUAAAAUGUAGAAUAUAGAAGAAACAGACUUCCCAUUUCAGUUCUUGAUAGUUGAGAAUGAGUGUAAAAUAAUAUAGGGACGUGAUUAGCCUACUGAUCCUUAAUUUUCGUAAUGUUAAGUCACUCAUGGAAGGAAAUAGGUUUCAUUCAGGGUCUGUCACGUGUUGGCGCGUCAUAACUAUUAGUCAUUUAUUUACUUUAUGUUCUUAUCUUUAAGUAUUUUAUCUACUUGUCGACCGUAAAAUUUUGCUAUUAUUUUGAAGUCUGUUACCAUUAUUAUCAUUAUUAUUAUUAUUAUUAUUAUUAUUAGUAGUAGUAGUAGUAGUAGUAGUAGUAGUAGUAGUAGUAUAUAGUAAUAGUAGUGGUAGUAGUAGUAGUAGUAGUAG